UUGAACUGCCACCGGCUCAAUCCGAGAAAAACCCAAGCCAAACGGCAGGAAUAAAUGCUCCAAGCGAAGAGAGCAGAGAAGGGUAAGGUAAAGGGGGGAAGAAAAGAGUAGAUCCCAUUCCCUCCUUCCCUCCUCUCUCUCGAUCCCCUUUUCUUCAAUGGCGGGGCUCUUGCCGUGGUUUGAGAACUUUGGAGCCCUUUUAAGGAGCGUGGUUGAGGCCUGGGAGAGGGCAGACCUCACCUCCACGUCAGUUCCUCGAGUCCAACGCCGUCCUCAACAUCGUCUGCAUCACCUGAAGCAAGCACUGCCGAUCAAAGUGAACGCAAAUCGAUCCAAAACCCAUUUUUUUCUCCCCUAUAUUCUCUGCUUUAUGGUUGAUGUAAUUAUAGACGUUUAGUAAAAUCUGUGCUGUUUCUUGGGUUUCAAAAGAGACAGGUUUGCGGAAUUCGAAUUUUGUCGAUCAGGCUUUGGAGGCCGUGAAGCUCAUUUAAUUAGAUGCCCUAAAGGCUGCGGUUUGGUCGUAGUAAGAGCAUUUCUGACGUCUCCAAGAUUAGUAGCCAGUCUGAAGUAUUUAGGAAUGGCAAUCCCAGAAGUUGACCAAGAAAUGCUCAGGGAACUUGAAUCAAUGGGAUUUCCAACUGCACGUGCGACAAGAGCACUUCAUUAUUCUGGUAAUUGUAGUAUUGAUGCAGCCAUAGACUGGGUUGUGAAUCAUGAACAUGACACAGAUAUUGACCAGAUGCCUCUGCAAUUUCAGGUACCUCUGAACAUCAAUAUUAAAAGUGGAAAACCAUCACCAACUCCAGAGACAGUGAAGAUUAAAGCACAAGAACUACGGGAACGUGUUCGUAGAAAGAAUGGAGAACAAAAAGGAUUGGAAAGAGAAAGAGAGAAGGAAAGAAUACGAGUGGGUAAAGAGCUUCUGGAAGCAAAGCGAAUUCUGCAGGAAAAUGAAAGAAGAAGAAUGCUAGCAUUGCGUCAUGCAGAAAAGGAGGAGGAGAAAAGGGCCAGAGAGAAAAUUCGCCAGCGGUUAGAGCAGGAUAAGGCAGAAAGAAGGCGAAUGCUUGGGUUGCCACCUGUAGACUCGAAAGCUGUGAAAGUUACCAAACCUCCUCUGCAGGAAAAGAAUAGGUCUCUACCUGUCAAGCCUGCUACUAAGGCACAGCGCAUGAGAGAUUGUUUGCGAUCUCUUAAGAAGAAUCACAAGGAUGAGGAUGCUAGAGUGAAAAGAGCAUUCCAAACACUUCUUAUAUACGUGGGAAAUGUUGCAAAAAAUCCAGAUGAAGAGAAAUUCAGAAAGAUCCGUCUUGGUAAUCCAGCUUUUCAGGAUAGAGUUGGUAGCCUUAAAGGAGGCAUUCAGUUUCUUGAGCUAUGCGGUUUUGAGAAGCUUGAAGGUGAUGAGUACUUAUAUUUGCCUCGGGACAAGGUGGACAUGGUGGUCCUGAAGACGGCUGGAUUGGAGCUGAAUUCUGCCAUAACCAACCCCUUCUUUGGUGUUUUCUAAGUGGAACACAUCAUCUAUAACUUUGAUAGUUUUCUCGUUUUUAUCAGACAUGGUUUCAGCUUGGUGAGUUGUGAAACAUUAGCAUGAGGAGUGGGCAGAUUGUUGGCUGAGGAAGAAAUAAUUUCAGGAGAACAAAGUGCUAUGAUUUUAAUGUCUACAGUUUGUGGCAGGUCUUUGACCCUGUUCA